AUGAAGGAGCACCAAUUAGACGCGAUUGUGACGCCCAACAGCGAUGCUUCUAGCCUUCUCACCACAGGUGGUCACCCUGGCAUCGUUGUGCCGGCGGGGUUUAACGAGCAAGGGGUUCCCUUUGGCAUAUGCUUCGGCGGGCUGCAGGGGUACGAGCCAAGGCUGAUCGAGAUGGCGUAUGAAUUCGAGCAAGCUACCAAAGUGAGGAAGCCACCCAUGUUUAAGCCCUAG